AAUUAGAUAUAAAUUAUUUACUUAUCACAUUUAAUGAUAAUAAAAUAAUAAGAUAGUGGUUUGAAUGAAUAAAUAAAGGAAUUAUAGUUAUAAAAAAUGUCAAUUAAAAACAAAUUAUUCAAAAUAGAAACUAAUAUUACCGGCAACACCGUUUGCCGCGUGUUCAAAACAUAUCAACAAAUUUUAAUGUUUCAAAUUUUUUGUUCGUCGAUUGUCGUAAUAAUUUUAAUAAAAAAAAUUUAUAUUUAUUCAAUUUACAAAAUUAAAAAUUUCACAUGAAAAUGAGAAAACGCAGAGAAUUACCAAAAGAUUGGGACGAUGAUUCUCUCGAUACAGACAAGUCAAGAAAUAGUAUACACAGUGUACCAUCUAUAUUUGGUGUUAUAAUAGUUUUAUACAUUUCAUUUUUAAUUGGAAUUGUGUAUAAAAUCGAUAACACCCUACCAACUGCUCUAAACAUUACCGACGAAAAAAAUAACCCUGACGCGUUUAUUUCCGAAAGAGCAAUACACGAUCUCAAUUUUUUAACUAAUUUAGGACCUAAAGUAGUCGGAUCGUACGAAAACGAAGUCCUAGCGGUUAAUUUUUUAAAACACGAAAUCGAACAAAUAAAACUUAACGCCCACCCCAAUCAACUAUUAGAAUUAGAUAUUCAAACAGUCAGCGGGUCAUAUUACAUGAAUUUAAUAAAAUCUGAUAACAUUAACGUAUAUAGAAGCGUACAGAAUAUUGUAGUAAAGUUGCACGGGGUAAAUAACACCGAUAAAAGUAUUUUAAUCAAUUCUCAUUUCGAUUCUGUACCGACCAGCCCCGGGGGUAGUGAUGAUGGUAUCAACGUCGUCGCGAUGUUGGAAAUAUUGAGAAAAAUGUCGAAAUUUCCUUAUAAACCUCGUCAUAAUGUUAUAUUUCUCUUUAAUGGGGCCGAGGAAACGGUCCUACAGGCGUCCCACGGUUUCAUAACCCAACAUAAAUGGGCGAAAGGGUGUAAAAUCGUGGUGAAUCUAGAAGCGGCUGGAACAGGGGGGAAAAUAAUGUUGUUUCAAACGGGACCUGGGGCACCUUGGUUAUUGGAAGCUUAUAAACAAGUCCCACAUCCAGUUGGGGCGGUUAUAGGGGAGGAAAUAUUCCAAUCCGGUUUGAUACCCUCCGAUACGGAUUUUAGAAUAUUUAGAGACUUUGGUGAACUUGUGGGAUUAGAUAUGGCAUUUUGUCGACAUGGUUACAGAUACCAUACGAAAUACGAUGAUUUUAAAAACAUCCCCUUCGGAUCUUAUCAACACGUCGGAGAUAACGCCCUAAAGCUGAUAAACGUCUUAGCCAACGCUCCGGAAUUGAAUAAAUUACAAACCGGUCAACAUGUCGUCUAUUAUGACAUCUUGGGCUGGUUCAUGGUGACGUAUUCGGACACUACGUCGACCAUUUUGAAUAGUGGUGUGAUUUUUAUGUCAUUAUUCGUCACUAUUUGGAGUUUAUUCUCAUUUAAACUCAGUUUAAAUACGUUGCCGUAUAUAUGUUUCGUGUUAGGGAGUAUUUUGGGAGGAUGGGUCUUGGCUUUAUCCUUCUCCGCCAUUUUAUCUUACGUUUUGGACGUCUUAAAUCAUACUAUGAGUUGGUACGGAACCCCCGUGCUUGUUUUAGGGUUAUUUUCUAUACCAACUGUUGCUAUAACAGCCCAAAUGAUGACGUUUGUAAAUCACGAGAAACUUUCGUUGAACGUGAGACUGCAAAUACAAGCGCACUCCGUGAGACUGAUUUGGACUGUGGUUGUAUUUAUAGGGACGAUUUUUAAAAUACGUUCUGUAUAUCCAAUCACGAUUUUGGUGGCUUUUAACACGUUAGCCUUUUUAAUAAUACAUUCGCUUCGUUUGCACCGAUCGGUUAGAAAAUGGCAGAUACUGUAUUUAACGUGUUUGUUUAUACCUACAAUUUUUUUGAUAUACGAAUCUUUAACUGGAUUAGAAUUCUUCAUACCUUUAACUGGUCGUAUAGGGUCUGACAAAAAUCCGGAUUUAAUAAUAGGAAGUCUCACAGUCGUAUUAACCAUAUUAACCACCAGUAAUUAUGUGAUUUUGUCCAAUAUACUCCGCCAAGGAAAAUAUUUUUUUAUAUUGUUAUGGUUCAUAUUUCUGGCAACUCUUGUGGUAGUUUUUACUCCAUUAGGGUUUCCGUACAGCGGGGAUUGGGUGAAUCCCACUCCGCAACGAUAUUGGAUGACUCAUUCCCAAAGAUUGUUUUACAACGAAACUGGGCAUUUACAAAAGACCGAUAGCGGUAUAUUUAUGUUGAAUAUGGAUAGAAAUUCCCCUAACAGCGUCAAAAGUUACGUGAAAGAUCUUUUGAAAGCUAAAUCUUUGAAGGACGAUUGUAAUAAUUAUAUUUUGUGUGGGUUACCGUUGUCCCACGUGAAAAUGACACAAAUUAUGGAAUACAGUACUUGGGUUCCGGCGAAUCAACCGAAUCUACCGUUCCCUUCGAAAUUGAUCGUAAAUUCCAAAAAAAUGAUUUCUUCCACUUCUACGACGUACAAUAUCAGUUUGACAGGACCGGAUCGACAAUACGUGUUUUUGGUACCGAAAGAGAACGUCAAUUUGACCAAAUUGAGUCUAAUAGAUAAAUUACCGAAAUUCGUUAAUAGAUUCAAAGGGAGACCGUUGAUUUUUUUGAAUACAGUGUCCGGCGUUAAUCCCGCUACUUUGACAGUUACUUUUGACGUCGAGUAUCCCGAGAAUUAUACGGGGGAUUCGUAUUUGGACGUGGCGGUUAGUAGCGUCCACGUUCAUUCGAAAUUGGUCGCGAAAACCCCGUAUUACACUACAUUUUUGAAGCAGUUUCCCGAUUGGGCGGACGUUACCGCCUGGGUGGGGUCGUACGCCUCGUAUGUUCUAUGAUUUUUCGUGAAAUUGAUUUCGAUAUUGACUAUAACCUCAAUUUAAUAAAAUUAUCUAUGAAAAUUG